AUGGUUGGCUCCAAUGGCGUCAGGAUCGUCCGCUCCCUCGCUCGUCGCUCUCUCUCCUCCUCCUCCAAAACCCUCCAAAACCCUAAACCUUCCUCCUCCGUAUACACCAGACUCCAUGCCCCUGGUGCUUAUAGAACCUUCCACUCUGGACUUUGCAGCAAUCACAGGGUUUUAGGAAAUCAUAAUGCUUGUAGUAAGAAUUGGUUUCUUGGAGGUGUGCAUGCUAAUUGGACCACAGUGAAGUCGAUUCAUGGAACUGCAUCAGUGGCUGCUUGCGAUUACUAUGACACACUUGGUGUAAGCAAGACUGCAAGUGUGUCAGAGAUAAAGAAAGCCUAUUAUGGCCUGGCAAAGAAGCUCCAUCCAGACACAAAUAAAGACGAUCCUGAUGCUGAAAAGAAGUUUCAAGAAAUUCAGAAGGCUUAUGAAGUUUUGAAAGACGAGGAGAAGCGUAGAGAGUAUGAUGAGUACGGCCAUGAUGGAUUUGAACAGAGAGGCAAUGGCAACGGCUUUCCUGGUGGUUUCGGCAAUCCGUUUGAAGACUUGUUUGGCCGACGGGGUGGUGGACAGGAUGUAAAUGUAGUUUUGGAGAUAUCCUUUAUGGAAGCUGUUAAGGGAUGUGCUAAAACUCUGCAAUUUAGAGCUGCAGUUUCCUGUGAAGCUUGUGGUGGAACUGGUGCUCCUCCUGGCACCAAACUUGAAUCAUGUAAGGGCUGUGGGGGGUUAGGUAUGACAUCCAUGCAAACUGCCCUUGGUUGGAUGCAUAUGCAUUGUCCUCAGUGUAAAGGGACUGGCAAAACUUUCCCGAUAUUGUGCAACUCUUGCAAUGGGAAGCGUGUCUUAAAUGGAAGCAAGACAGUAAAGUUAGAUAUAAUGGCAGGAAUAGACAACAAUGAUAUCAUGCGGGUGUUCAGUAACGGUGGAGCUGAUCCUGAUGGUAAUCAACCUGGUGAUCUAUAUGUUACCAUUAAGGUUAGGGAAGACCCAGUUUUCCGGAGACAAGGUGCCGACAUUCAUGUAGAUUCCGUUCUGAGUAUCUCUCAGGCAAUAUUGGGAGGAACUAUAAAGGUGCCCACUCUCACUGGAGAUGUACUCCUAAAGGUCAGCCCUGCCACACAACCUGGUCAAAAGGUAGUCCUGAAGAACAAGGGGAUCAAGACAAGGAACUCUUAUUCAUUGGGUGAUCAAUAUGUGCACUUCAAUGUCAGCAUCCCAACAAGUCUGUCUCAAAGACAACGUGAAAUAAUCCAAGAAUUUUCCAAAGAAGCUUCUUCUAAAGAAGAACAGGAGGAGGUACACGGUAAGCGUGCUGCUACAGGGGCAUCUUGAUAAAAUGGGGUGGAGAUUGACCAAAAGAAUACAGAAGGGUGCAUAAUCUAACCGAGUAGAGGAAACUACAGUGGAAAGUUUGCAGAUUUUGUCUUUAAAACAACUUCGAUGCCACAGGCUUUGAAGAUUAGGAGGACUUGAAUAUUUUUAAGAAUUGAAAUGGGCUAUGCUUUGCUUGAGGGCGAUCGAAGUAUCAAUGUUUCAUUCUCAGCUAUAUGUAUGUCUAUGAGAUACUGACUGGACCAAUGCUGAUGGAAAUCAUCAGAUGAUUAAUACUUUCAUUAGCAAAAAUUUUGGUGUAAACCUGCUUACUAU